AUGCGUGUCUGGCAUCUGAGCUCGACGAGCAUCGCUCUCCUGCUGACCAGCCUGUUCCUCCUCGGUUCAACAUCUGCUUUGCAUCUCGACGAACGCACGCUCUCAGCACUCGGUAGGAUCGACACCGUGACCUUCCAAGAGCUCCAGGAGGGUCGUUUGCGUCCACCGGCUCAGACUGUGGGCACUCACCCCCGCAGCGUCCCCGCAUUGUACGGUGAUAUGCUCUUCCAUCUCGACGGCAGGCCUAUUUUCGAGUUCCAGCACACAAAUCAACGAGUCCCAGCGGUGGAAUUUCAGCGUGCCGCAGCCGACUUUGGCGGCUUCCAUGCUCGCGUUCGUCAGCAGCCCGAUGCAGUCAGCGUCACGCCAGGUGCUCGGUUGGCAGACCCUUACGUGGUGAGACACAACCAGGCGGGAUUGCCGGAGUAUAUCGGCCAGAUCGACGCCACGUCACGCCAGUUCGGACCUAACGUCGCCCGAGUUGCUCAUGGAUAUCCUGCAUCCCCUCUGCCGCCUCCGACGCGUGGAAGAGGUCUCAAGUUCUGGAAGAAACCAAAACACGCUCCGCCCAGCUGGGAAAGCGUUCAUGCAUCGACACCGGUGGCUGUGGCGCCAAAUACCGACUGGCAACAUCUCAGGGAGCAACUCGACGAAGAGCGUUACUUGAGAUUCACUAAUUCGGCGGGGACCUCCUCGUUCGGCGUCAGGGCUUUGCCAGACGGUCGGAUCGAGAGGCAGCUCGUGAACACGCUCGGAGACGUACCGCACUUUGUAGUGUAG